UCUACCCAAAUUCUUUCAUUCUCUCAAAUCCCCAUUUCCCAUCCACAUUCAUUCCCACCAAACUCUUGCAAGAUCAAGGAAGCACAUCUAGGAUUUCAAGCUUCAAAUAUCUUUUGUUCUUCAUUACCUUUGGUCUAAGACCAUUAAGGUAUGUGGGAAUUCAUCAAUGAGUUCCAUUCACCCAUUAAGUCUCAAAAUAUCUAUAUUCUCCAAAUUCAAUUUCAUCAAAAUUGGAUAUGGCCCCUCGAAUAACACGUAUGAGAAUGAAUGCAGGAUUUUAAAUUUUGAGCCAGAGGUUCCUCAAGUUGUAAUUGACCUUUUGGCUGAGCAAGUGGCUCCUGACAAUGUUUUCAAAGAAUUGUCUCAAGCUAUGACAGACCAACCAAAUAGUGAAGUCAUUGCGCUUGUGAAACCAAAUGUGGGUGAGACGGCAAAAAUGAUAAGUGACUUCACUAAUAUCAAUCCUCUGGAUUUCCAUGGUUCCAAGGUUAAAGAGGAUCCUCAAGAGCUCAUUGAUGAGAUGUAUAAGAUAGUGGGAAUUAUGGGAUUUUCUGUUACGACCAGGAAGUACUCCCUAGAAGUAACACGUCGUACUUGACCUCUCGGAGGUCUUAUACAAGCCUCUAAUUGUUCCUUCAAUUACAUAAGUAUGAAAAGUAUUGCAGAGUUUAAAACUUCUCACAUCAAAAUCAAUAAAGAAACUAUUUU